AUGGAACUAGGGUUUAAGUUUCAGAGACAGCUGCAAGGAGGCGGCGGCGGCGGCGGAGACGGCGGCGAAGACUCCCCAGUGUCGUUAGAUGAUGCUUACCUCAACAACCUCUGCCCCGGCGUCAGCUUCCGAGCUUUGCUCACCUACAGUUCCUCAGAAGAAGGACCUCCGUACAAAUUCAUCUCCGAUGCUCCCGGCGGCGGCGUCGCCGUCCCUAGAAAAGAAAAGGAUAGGUGCAGAAGAAAGAAGAGGGGAAAGGGUAAUGAGGUAGGGGAGAAGACGAGGUGCUUACGGAAGCUGCUGCCAUGGGAAGGGAAAAUGGAUAUGGGGACCGUACUAGAGGAGGCGUACAAAUACAUCAAGUUUCUAAGGGCGCAGGUUAGCGCGCUCCAGUCGAUGCCACGUCAGAGCACACAUACAUCCGGCGGGGGCGGCGGCGGAGGAGAAUUGGGGAGGCUGAACAGACAGCAGCUGAUGCAGGUGGUGGUUAACUCGCCGGUGGCACAGAGACAGCUGUACACAAACGAGUGCUGCAUUUACUCUGUUGAACAACAAAUCUAG